AUGCUUCCGGCAAGACAGCAGAAAGUGGACCUCAGCAAGCUCACGCCAGAGGAGCAAACGCAGUUUAAAAAAUACGGCAAGCUGCCGAUGAACAAGAAUGUUCUGACGCAAAAGAUUAAAGAGCGCAAGUACUUUGACAGCGGCGACUACGCAAUGUCCAAGGCCGGAAAGACAGACGAACAAGUGGGUGACGAGCACCCUUCGGUUGACACCAUCCCGCACUCUCAGACGCCGAUCAACCCAGGCACUCUUGCGAGUUCGCCCACCACAGAGACCGGCGGAGCC